AUGGCGGAAGUACACACUCAAAUCGAGCGUCACUUCAAAGGAUUCGCCCGCGUCCGACUAGACCACAUUACAUUCGACUCUGGCCGAGAACUAGACGACCGAAAUGUGGAGAGACUAUUAGGUAUUUUCAAGCUGCAAGGCUGUCAACGUGAGGAACCUGGUCACUCCAUUCCUGUCUUAGUCGACAAAGACACUCUUGCCGCCGCGCUCGCGCACGAAGGCUCCCCUCCCCGGAUCCUUCACCAAACUUCUGUGGAAGCCGAGCCGUUGCUCUUCCCGAGUGCCAUCACAUUAACCUCACUCCACGGCAAGCACCGUGUUCAUGCAGCACGGAAGUUCCUUCUUCCCGUCGAUCAGUGGUGGACGGUGAAGGUCUUCGAUACUGGUCAGCAAACAUUCCCUCCCGUCAGGCGUUUUCUUACCGAGGUCUCUAGGCCUUCCUCUUUGCGCACGAGAACACCUUCGAUACGAGUACUCCAAUGCACAGAAGUUUUCUGA